CCAAGCGGUCAACAACAUUUAUAGUUCUCCCCCAAAGAUUCCUGCAGAUCUUUAAAGGAUUUCAACUAACAAGGAUAUAUAAAGAACCAUCUGUGAUCUCGAAACAUGGUGUUCCUUUUAGCCUUCGGCCUGAUCUUUGGCAUUCUUUGGACUCUAAUUAGUUUAGUUCUUAAACUCCUGGGGCUGAAGCCUCCUUUGAUCUUCGACAAAUACCCCUUGAAAGGUAUAUUCUAUAGAGUUAAGUUCGGGUUGGCUUUAUUAGUCCUGCGACGCCUGCGAUAUCGUAUAUAUAGGAGAAACGAAGAUGUAUUGGGCUCCGAAGAGCACUUGGCAAAAAUCGACAGACCCCAGGAGCUGAGCACCGAUCCCAAAAGCUACGAUGUGGUCAGUUUUAUGGCUGCCAAUAAGGAGGGUCAAAAAUUGAUGGUUACCUUGGAGCGACGAAGGCGAGGAGUCCUUAAGGCAGCUCUCUACCUUUGGCUGCCAGAACGGGGAUUACUUAGCUCGCCGAAUCUGCCGGACAUGAUCCAUUUCACCACUGAGGAUGGCAAGGAGAGCAGCGAAUUCCAGGGCGGAGGUUUCCAUGUAUAUCAGGAGGAAUCCAUGAAGGUGUGGAGGAUUAAAUACGAAGGUGUUGUGAGAAGCCAAGGAGAUGAAGAUAAAACAACGCAGGAUUUACCUGUGAGCCUGGAUUUGCGUUUCAAGAGCUCCUCCACGGAACACUUUGAUUAUAGCCGGGACUUGAGCUCCUCUUUGAUUGCCGAUUCCAUAGCUAGAGAGGCCUGGAAUGAGAGGUUCUACAGCCUGAUCCGUAGUGUCAAUCACAUCAUGGAGCGACGAACCCAUUAUGAACAGAAUGGUGAGCUCUCUGGGAAGCUCAACCUUGAGGGAAAGGAGAUUCCACUGAAAAUGCUGGGCUUCCGUGAUCAUGGCUUUGGCACUGAACGUUGCCUCAGCUCCAUCAAUCGAUAUGUUUACUUUGCUCUAUUCCUGGACGAUGGCAGCAGUAUGGUGGUGGGUAAUCUCAGUCAACCAUCCUUUUUCCUAUCCUCCCUGAAGGUGGGCUAUGUCUGCACUCCUACGGGUAAAUAUCAACCGCUGACUUGGAGUAAUUUUGAGCUAUAUUCCUAUGGCGAAAAGGGAACACCGCCGCAGCAUCAGAACUUUAUAGUUCGCACAGAGGAAAAGGAGUAUCUUGUCCAGAUCCAGGAGGAGGCAUCCGCUGUCCGCUAUGUGGGCGGUGACUGGGAUUCAAAGGUCUUCAAUCAGUUUGUAUCCUGUACGGUGAAUGGAGUGGCAGGACAAGGACAUGCUGAGUUCCUUUAUCGACACAAGGGCGGCAGACCCGAAGAAAUAGCCGCCAAGGAUCCCAGUUGGUAUCAGGAGAUUAAACGAUUCGAACGAAGUUUGACGCUGCUGGAUGAGAAGGAGGAAAGAGACUUUAUCUUCUAAGACAUACAACAUUUUUUUUAUUAAAUUUAAGUUUUUAUAUGUGGGGGAAGAGUGUA